GAUGACGCCCAUACCUGAGCUGCCUGUGGCUGAAAAUCCCCACACAAUGGAAGAAGAAAAUAAAGAGCAUACUCCUGAGAAAACUGGUGAUUCUUAUAAAGAUGUAAAAGAGUAUGUCUUCACAACACAAAAUCCAAAUGGUACACAGUCUGAAAUAUCCGUGAGAGCAACAACUGAUCUGAAUUUUUCUCUGAGAAACUAUAAACUCUUCAAUGAAACAACUACGGUGCCACCUCCUGAAGUAGUCAGCCAUGAAGAAAAAGGAACCCAGAGUCCAAAUGAGCCUGCAUUUUGGACAAUGUUAGCUAAAGCUAUAAAUGCAACCACCAGUGAGGACAACCAACGAGAUCAAUUUUUUCACCCAAUUCCAAACUCCGAUGUGAACGCCACAGGGGAAGACAACACGGCAAGAAUACAGGAAGCCAAGUUAAAACUAAUGCUGGGCAUCUCACUGAUGACCCUCUUCCUCUUUGUGGUCCUCUUGGCGAUCUGUAGUGCCAUGCUAUACAAAAUGAAGAUGAUGAAAUAUAAACAAGCAUGUCAGACUGGUGAAUACUCCGUCAACCCAGAACUGGCCACCCUAUCUUACUUUCAUCCAUCAGAAGGCGUAUCAGACACAUCGUUUUCUAAGAGUGCUGAGAGCAGCACGUUUUGGGGCACCACUUCUUCAGAAUUAAAGAAAUCAGACACAAGGUCAAAAUCUAGGAUGACAGACAUGACUUCCACGGCCUCAGAGGAGAAUGAGGAGUCAGACAUGAUUCAGAGUGAGGAGCCCAGCGAGGAACCCACAGAUGAUUAGACAACUGUCAUAUUUUUGUCAUAAAAAAUAUCUUUGUGAUGUUCAUGUUAUAAUUUGGAAACUCUGCUGAGACCAAAUUUUCCGGUGUCUUCAAAGGAGGGCAUAUGCAAUAAAAUUCUCUCAGCUAUAAAAACUAUUUAAUGGAAAAAAACAUAAGGA